AUGAGUCUCACGCAAACGAGCACGGCAACUCUCGACACGACGGUUCUGAACGCGGCAGAAACACUACUUCAAAAACUCCCCGAACAGCAUGUCCAACCCCUUUGGACGGCAAUGCGAGCUAUGGUCACUCCACAACCAUCACGCAAGGCGGAAGUUUCAGUGUGGAGGUACAACGAUCUACGCCCGCUUUUGCUGGAGGCCGGCAAGGUUGUGACCAGCGAAGAAGCAGAGCGACGCGUUCUAAUGCUCAUAAACCCUGCGCUGAGAGCACCAUUCACUACCGACUCCAUCUACGCGGGUCUCCAACUCAUCAAUCAAGGCGAGACUGCACCUGCUCACCGCCACCGGGCGUUCGCUCUGCGUUUCAUCAUUGAAGGAACUCGUGGCUUCACCGCAGUCGAAGGAGAGAAGGUUUAUAUGGAAGCAGGAGAUGUUAUCUUGACCCCGCAAUGGCAAUGGCAUGACCACGGCCAUGAAGGUACCGGCCCGAUGAUCUGGCUGGAUGGGUUGGACCUUCCUCUAUACCAUCAACUCCCGACUCACUUCGCUGAACCUUACGAGGAGAGUCGAUAUCCGAGCAAGCCAGCACCAAAUAGCGCUCUUCGCUUCCCCUGGGAAGAAAUGAAAGCAAGGCUCGACGCUGACGCCGCUCCCUGGGCACUCCAGCAUUACCGGAACCCCUCGGGCCACUAUAUCUCAGACACUCUGGGGGCACAUGCAGAGAAGGUGCAAGCAGGACAACAGUCGACGCCCAGGAGAGACACCUGCUCUUACAUCUACCAUGCCCACGCAGGCUCCGGCAAAACCGAGAUCACGACUGCGACCGGGGCCAUGAAGACGGUGCAUUGGGGACCGCACGACACCUUCGUCGUGCCCGCUUGGAGCCGCGUCAUGCAUACAGCGGACAGCGAGCAGGAUUCCUAUCUUUUCGUGCUGUCAGAUAGACCCCUGCUUGAGCGCCUGAAGAUGUACUCUAUCGGGGAAUAG